AGCACUCAUUGCUGGACUCGCGGUUGCUGGCGCUGCUCUUGCGGGCAGAUAUAGCAUCCAGGCUUGGCAUGCUUACAAGGCAAGGCCCAUAGUCCCAAGGAUGCGUAAAUUCUACGAAGGUGGAUUUCAAGCUACAAUGACCCGAAGGGAAGCUGGUCUAAUCCUGGGUAUCAGGGAAAACGUCCGUCCUGAUAAGGUAAAAGAGGCACAUAAGAGGGUCAUGGUUGCCAACCAUCCGGACGCGGGUGGAAGCCACUACCUUGCGUCGAAGAUCAACGAGGCGAAAGAUGUUCUGCUAGGGAAAACAAAAGGAGGUGGUUCAGCCUUCUGAUUCUAUAGUACUUGCUCCUCCGAUGUUAGGUUCUGGACAAUGAAUCUUAGGUAGACAAGGGUCAUUUCACUGUUUGACACUCCAAGAUCCAGUUGUGCUGUGCCCGCUGCUAGCUGUAUAAGUUGCUGUGUUGAGAUUUGCAUGAUACUCUUGUUUAUCUGUCUAUCUUGUUGCGGAUUGUGAUAGCUUGCAACAUGGUUUUUCUGUAGCCUUUGUUACACCAUGGUGCUUGAG